GUCACUGGGUGCGACCCACACGUCACUGGGUGCGACGGCGCGCGCUCGUGUUUCCCGGCGCAGCGAGCAUGGGCCGAGGGCGGCCGGGGGCCCCGCGGAGCGCUGCCGUGCAGGGCACCGGCAGCAGCAGCGCCGUCAGCAAAUGCUCGGCGGCGGAGCGGGGCUACGUCCAGGACCGGUUCCUGCGGCUCCUGGUGGGGCGGCCGCGGAGGCGAGCGCCGCUCGUUCACCGAGGUUAUUAUGUCCGAGCCCGUGCUGUAGAACACUGUGUUCAAGAUUUCCUGCUGAAGACUCGAAGUCAUCCUAGGACGCAGAUCCUGUCUUUAGGUGCUGGCUUUGACUCCUUAUACUUUCGUUUGAAAGACAUGGGUCUUCUGCAUCACACUGUGAUCUAUGAGGUGGAUUUCCCAAAUGUGGUGUGCCAAAAAGCUUCUCUGAUCAAAAGAACAAAAGAGUUGUCAGCACUGGUGGAAGAAACUGGAGCGGAAGGAUUAGGAGUCACGACUGCCUUUUCUGGAAAGGAUUAUAGAUUAUUGGGAGUGGAUUUAUCAGAGCUGCCAAAGCUGAGUACAGCUCUAGAGGAAGCAGGACUGGACAAUGAAGUCCCCACCCUUUUCAUAGCAGAGGUGGUCCUCACCUACAUGGAAAACAGCAGGUCAGAUGCCUUGAUUCAGUGGGCAGCAGAGCAUUUCUCUCAUGCAUGCUUUCUGCUCUAUGAGCAGAUGCACCCAGAGGACCCCUUUGGACGUGUCAUGCAGCAGCAUUUCAGUCAGCUGAACUCUGCACUUCGUUCUUUGUCGCAAUACCCUGAUUGUGAAGCACAGCAGAAGCGUUUUUUUGAAAAAGGCUGGACUGAGUGCAGUGUCAUGGAUAUGAAUGAGUUUUUCACCCGUUGUACUCCAGAAGAUGAGCAACGAAGGGUGCAGGCUCUGGAGCCUUUUGAUGAAUAUGAGGAAUGGCACCUGAAAUGUUCUCAUUACUUUGUUCUGACUGCAUCAAAGGGGAUGGAACCUUCCUGGACUCCAUUGUUAUCCAACGUGACAGUUCCUCAUCAUCAUGGUCCUAUCAGGUUGGCUGGGAGUAUCAGUGCAUUGGCGUGUGCAGUUCAGUCUGAAGUUCCUGGCUUGAGACGUUAUGGUCACCACUCUGCUCUUAUAAGACCCAAUGUGAUUCUGACCACUGGAGGCUUUGGGGAGGAGAAUGGACAUCACUGUCGUAUGAGAAAUUUUCAUGUUCUUAUUAAGUAUGCAGGCUACUGGAAAGCCAGAUGUGUGAAAAAGGAAAAUCCUGGUGAAAGAUGGGAUGAGCGAUUGCACCAUACUGUGUCAUGUCUCUCAGACAGCCUAGCCCUGGUGGUAGGAGGACGAACAUCCCCAUCAAAUGCAGCUUUGGGAAUGUUGUGGCUAAGGUUCCCCGAAAUCUGUAAUGACUCAGAGCCAAGUGAUGUUACUGUGGAGCCUGUAAGUCUGCAGCCUGCUGCUGAACCAGCUGCUUUGCGUUGGAGACACAGUACAACUGAAGUAAUAUUCAAAGGAGAGAAGUACCUGUUUGUGUAUGGAGGCCGCUCUGCUGUGCAGCCAGUGCUGGGGGAUUGGUAUUUCCUGCGCAUUCCAGAGAUUUCCUGCGCUACGAUUCCUGUUGAGGGUCCAGUACCAGAAGGCCGCCACUCUCACAGUGCCUGUAGUUGGAAAGGAGGAGUGCUGAUUGCUGGAGGUUUGGGAGCAGCUGAGCAGCCCUUAGAUUCAAUUUUCCUUCUGAGGGAGACUGAACAAGGCUUUCGGUGGCAGACUGUAGAGACACACCCUCCUCUUAUCCCAAGGUAUUCACAUACUGCACACGCGCAUGAUGAAAAACUUAUGCUUGUUGGUGGAGUGUGGUUUCACUCACUCUGUGUGCCGGGCAUCACUGUCAUUGACUUAAUGACUGGCCUGUGCUUGGACUACACGAUUAAUGCGGAACAUUUGGAGUGGCCUUUAAUGCUACACAAUCAUAGUAGUGUUCUUCUGCCAGAUGAGAAGGAGUUGUUGCUUAUUGGAGGUGGUGGGAACUGCUUCUCCUUUGGGACACACUUGAAUCCAAAUCCUGUCUCACUGAACCUCAGCAGCAUUCUGACCAGCCACUAACUGGGACCAAACAGGACUGAACUGUGCUGCUGCACCAUGGUGUGAUAUCUGUUCACUUGCAACUCCAGGAACAACAAAAUGUUACUUACAACAGUUUUUGUAUUGUGAAUGCAUUUGUAAAGGUGGGAUAAGGAGAAGGGAGGAAAAAGUGAAGUUCUGUCAAGGGGCUGCAUACCUCAUCUAUCUUUUUUUUUUUUUUUUUUUUUUUGUAGUCCUUUUUUGUGUUGUUGCAAACUAUGUUUUCCAGAACUAGCUUUGUGGUGAUAGCAGUAGCCAUUAGAGGUGAAGUAAGGAACACUGCUGUGUUCAAAAGUAAUGUAAGUUUGCACAGUGCUGACUUGGAGGUUAAGUGAGGUCACCGAGUCAAAAAGCCAGUGGAAAUAUGCAACCAAGCAUAAUUCAGUGUGAAACAGAAUGUGUCAUAGGUCAUAAUUGAAUGUUUGUAAAGGCCCUUGUAAGGGUGUAUGGAAGGAGAGAGUCUACUCCUUUAAGGAUAUCUGGGCAAGGACUAUUUUGCAGUGUAACAAGGGAUAACGGGAAAGGGAGGAAGACAUGAGCAGGAACAUACAGAAAUGCAGACCUGACCAGCAAAUGAUAAGCAAGGCAGUAAUGGGAAGCAAACUUGGUCAGUCACAUUUAUUGAUAAGGGCAUGUAAGAGUGUUAGAAUGUUUAUUCCAGCAAGGUUAUCUGACUAGGGACUUUGUCAAGAGGGAAACUGAGGGGAAAAAGGGGAAGGCAGAAACCAAAAUAAACGAUUACACAGACCUGA